UUCACCGUGUUUUCCUUUCCUUCGACAAAAUCCUUGGACAGGCAGAGAGAAAAGCUCCCCGGACCACACCACACACAAUGGCGGAAGAAGGAAAAGCGGAUGUUCAGCUAUUUGAGCUGCUCGCCGAUCUUCUUUACCAGGUUGAAGCAUUAACAAAUCAAGAAGAAGUCGAAUUACGUGCUAAAAUUGAAAGCCUUGAUUUAGAGGUCAAAAAAAUCCCUCCAAAGUCUGCUCAGAAUCUUGGUGAGUUGGAAAUAGCCAGGGAGUUGGAUAAACUAUCAGAGAAGCUAGAUGAUGUGGAUGAGAUGAUAUCCUCAGCCAUGGCAGCAGACCCACAGGUGCAGACCCUGUUGAGUAGUACUGCAAAUGUAUGGAUGCCAGUUAUCACUGCUACUACCGAUGAACGCCGUAAUUUUUCAGCGUCAACCAGUGAUGAUUAUCCUGAGGCGAAAGGGAAGUGUUCCCACUGAUUUCCAUGCUUUGAUUCUCAUUAUCGUUGUAUGUUUUCCCUCUUGGAGAAAUGGAUCGUGUUCUUGUGUUUUCUUUGUGUCUCAAUGCAAUACAAGGCCCUGUUUAUUGUACUCCUUGUGUUUCUGUGUUCAUUCUCUCCCCUGCCUUUGUGAAAGUUGUGAGCGUUAUCCUGUAUUGUUUGAUUAUAGAAAGUACGAUGAGAUCAUGAUUAUCCCACGAGAUUGUAUACAUGUAUGACAAUCAACAUUAUGUUGAUUGAAUGGGAUUUGUGAAUCAUUUCAUACAUUGAAAGGUGAAUUUUUCCAAAA